AUGGGAAUACAGCAAUGCACUUCCUUGCGGCACGCGCCUGAACUAACCGACUACAAUAGCAGCUCGCUUUCAGCCUUGCCCGUCAUUGUAGAAGAAGAUGACCCGUAUGCGGAGGCUGUGCGCGUUAUUUCGGAUGCAAUUAAGCGCCAAGCCAAGCGGAAUGCCCGUAACGGCCAUGAAAUGCUGAAAUCAAAGGCUAAGGCCUUUGAAUCUCACGAAAAGGCUCAUGCAGGGCACUUCUCAGGGAAGCUGGCAGAGCUCGACUCCAAGUUGCAAGAAACCGAGGAGAAAGUAGAAGCAACUGAGAAGCAAAUAGAUGAAGAGAGGCUGCGCCAUGCGAAGGCGAAAGAGCACAUAGCGGAAAAAGUUCAAGAGGAACUCAGCGCACUGCAGGAAGAAGAAGAAAAAGCCAUCGAGCAGCAGCAUAGGGCAGAGUCUACAAUACAAGCAGCGGAAGCUGAACUCCACAAGGAAGAGGCAGAGGUGGAAUCCGCGAGACAGCACCAUAAAGAAGCAAUCCGUGAAGCCAACAAGGAGGAGAAAGAAAUCCAAAAACUUGUAGAGAAGGAGAAGCAAAAGGAAUUAGAGGAUGAAGAGGCAGCAGAUGCCCGAGAGGAAAGUGCGGAAGGUAAAAGGAAAGCAAAAAUAGGCGUAUCGAGCUCAAAAUAUCAUCUAGGUCCCGCUUUCUGCAGCGAACUCACUGCAUCCGGCUGCCCCUUUGCUGGCGCCGGUACUGAGGACUGCAAGGCUUAG